AUGCUAAACACUACAAUUGACUCUGCGAAUACGGUACGAACUAGACUCAAGACAACACCUACAAUGAAGUCGGUUCGCUUCCACGGACCUGGCGAUAUCCGAAUCGAGGAAAUUGACGAGCCAACCUGUGGCAAGGGCCAGGUCAAGCUGCGGCCAGCGUUCGUGGGGAUAUGUGGCAGUGACCUUCAUGAGUAUAGUGCUGGCCCCGUUCUCAUCCCAAAGGAGCCACACAAGAUUACGGGGACUUCCUAUCCUGUGACAUUGGGUCAUGAGUUUGCAGGCAUCAUUGAAGAAGUCGGCGAAGGGGUAACGCAGCUAUCGCCUGGACAGCGAGCAGUGGUUCGUCCAACGAUCUUCGACCGACAAUGCUGCUCCUGUAAACUCGGCUUUGAGUACUGCUGUGAGAAUAUUGGGUUUAUUGGACUAUCAGGAUAUGGCGGCGGAAUGGCGAAGCACACCGUGGCGCCCGCUGAGCACUUUUAUCCGCUUCCUGACAAUGUGUCUCUCGAGGCGGCAGCUCUGAUUGAGCCGCUGGCCGUGGCCUGGCAUGCCGUCAACCUAUCCCCGUUCAAGGGAGGGGAUAACGUCAUGGUUAUCGGAGGAGGUCCGAUUGGGAUAGGAAUUGUACAAAUCCUGAAGCUUCAGGGAGCCAAGAAGAUCAUGGUAGCCGAACUACUCGACAACCGCAAGAAGUUCGCCCUCAAGUACGGAGCCACAGACAUUAUCGACCCUCGCACAUGCGAUGUACCAGAGAAAGUGCGGGAGUUGACAAAUGGCGUGGGCGCGGAUGUCAUCUUCGACACUGCGGGAGUGGAGGUCGCCUUGGACGGAGCCAUCUCUGCAUGCCGUGUCCAUGGUACUAUUGUGAACAUCGCCGUCUGGGAGAAGCGACCUUCUAUACGCGUGAACGAGUUGAUGUACCAUGAAGUUAACUACACCGGCGCAGCGCUGUAUGAUGAGAGCGCUUUCCGAAAUGUUAUCCAAGCACUGAACUACGGUCAAUUGAAACCCGAAGGGAUGAUCACAGCAAAGGUAAGAAUGGACGAGGUGGUAGAUAAGGGCUUCAAGACGCUUCUUGAAGAUCGUGGUGAGCAUUGCAAGAUUCUGGUUGAUGUACAGGCAUCAUAA